AUGGGGACCCCAGCCCAGUCCCUGGCGGCUGCUGCGCCCUCCGCGCCGGGCCGGCUGGAGUCCGCCUGCCUCACACUCCGAGAGAAAGAGGUCCAGGGCCGCCGCGGUGGGCUGUUGAGUGACUGCACGAACACCUGCGAGCGCGGAGGUCUGCGAAGGGUGCUUAUCAAGGUGGAACGCGGUGUCUGGAUGGCCUAUGAGUACCCCAAUUUCCAGGGACAGCAAACCAUUCUGGAGAAGGGUGACCAUUCUUGCUAGAGCGCCUGGAAUGACAGUGGUGGCCACCACAGCAGCGACCAGCUGCUCUCUUUCCGGUCUGUGUUCUGCCGGAACCACAGUGACAACCCUGUGACACUAUUUGAGGGGGACAACUUCCAGGGUUGCAGGUUUGAACACAGUGAUGACUACCCAUCCCUGCCCUCCAUGGGUUGGGCCAGUAGGGAUGUGGGUUCCCUUAAAGUCAGCUCUGAAGCGUGGGUGGCCUACCAAUACCCAGGCUACCAGGGUUACCAGUAUGUAUAGGAGCAGGACUAGCAUGGCAGGGAGCUCCAUACCUACAGCGAAUUUGGCACACAGGUCCAUACUGGGCAGCUGCAGUCCAUUCGAAGAGUACAGCAAUAG